AUGGGCUUAUCACCGUCGGGGAGUCACCACCGACGCCGGAGCUCCGUGCUCACGAAUGCGGGAGCGUCCUCACUAGCAGCUCCGACCGAACAGAGGGAGGACCAUUCCAGAGCAAUUGGCGAGGGGGUCGGCUACAAACGGGAUGAACAGAGACCUUUAACGGCAGACGAAGCAGAUAUGUCCGAUCUGUCCUCAAUCGCUGAAAGUGUGGAGCUAGGUGUUGUGAGCUCUGACGAUGAGCUUCACGAUGAUGAGGAAAUCGGUCUCACAGCAAAACAACGUCGUCGCCAGAGGCGCCAGCGGAGAAAGCAACGGCGGCAAUUGGAUGCUCGCAUAGCUGGUGUCAAGGCCUCCCGAUAUGAUCCUCUGAAUCUGGGUUUGGCCGAUCAAGACGUCAUCAAGAAACUGCUCGUCAAUAUCGGCCUGAUCCUUUUGUGGUACUUCUUUUCCUUAUCAAUCUCUGUUUACAACAAAUGGAUGUUUUCCAAAGACCACGUCGUGUUCCCCUUUCCUCUCUUCACAACUAGCGUGCACAUGGCCGUCCAGUUCACACUUGCAUCCUUUAUUCUUUGGCUUAUCCCUUCGCUGCGCCCGCGCCAUCCGCCAUCCGCUUUGCCUGGGGAUCCGACUCGAAGCAGCCAUGAUGCGACGGAAUCGAGGCCGGUUCUCACAAAGCUCUUCUAUCUCACGCGCCUUGUUCCCUGCGGUGCAGCGACCUCCCUCGAUAUCGGACUGGGCAACAUGUCCCUGAAAUUUAUCUCUCUGACCUUCCUUACCAUGUGUAAAUCCUCCGCUCUCGCUUUUGUCCUUCUCUUCGCCUUCCUUUUCCGACUCGAAACGCCUUCCGUCAAGCUCAUCAUCAUCAUUGCUGCCAUGACUGUCGGCGUGGUCAUGAUGGUCGCUGGAGAAACCGCGUUCAAUGCCGUGGGCUUUGCAUUGGUCAUUGCUUCGGCCUUCUUCUCGGGCUUCCGAUGGGGGUUGACCCAGAUCCUCCUUUUACGGCAUCCCGCCACCUCCAACCCGUUCUCGACCCUCUUCUUCCUCACCCCUGUCAUGUUCGUCUGUUUGAUCAUCAUUGCACUAGCCGUCGAAGGCCCCACUCAGAUAGGCGACGGCAUUACAGCCUUGUCCGAGUCACAUGGCGGCGGCUUCGCGAUCUUCCUCCUGAUCUUCCCCGGAGUGCUAGCAUUCUGCAUGAUCGCGGCCGAAUUUUCUCUUUUGAAGCGUUCCUCCGUCGUCACAUUAAGCAUUUGCGGCAUCUUCAAAGAAGUCAUCACCAUCAGCGCGGCGGGCAUUGUAUUCCAUGACCAAUUGACCGCGGUCAACAUCACUGGGCUUGUUGUCACCAUCGCCAGUAUUGGGUGCUAUAACUACAUGAAGAUUUCCAAAAUGCGUGAUGAGGCGCGACAAGGUGCCACUUGGGAGCGCAGCCCGAAUCUGGAUUCGGAAAGCGAUGAUUCCGACCCUGCUUAUUUUAGGGAGCGUGGAACGUAUCACAGAAUCGACGAUCAAGAGACGAGCAUGGUCGCACCCGUCGCCCAUGUGCCCGUGGACGAUAAUUUACACCUUACUUCCGCGGACGGCUUGACCGAUGAACGCCGCUCAUUCCAAGGUAGAGCUAGCGGGGCCAGCAGCAAUGUCCGCGGCCUCAAGAUCUCCACGAGUAAUCUGAGUGACAGCGAAGGGCGUCCUUUCUCUCCGCGCUUGGCCGGCCCUUCUCCGCUGAAAUCCGCGCCGCCUGUGGUCUUGACCCCCGACUCACAAUUCCCGCCCCGAGUGGGACGCGGCCCGAGUCCAGGCGCUAGCAGUCAGUCGUCCGCCGACCAGACCAACCCGGCAGGAAGGCCUUGA